AUGAGAGCACUCUUGGAAGGCGUCUUCGGCCUCGGCAUGAAGGAGAUGUGCGUCAUGAGCGGCACCCACAUGAUCAACGAUCUUUUGCUGGGCGUGAUCGGCCAGGCACACCAGCUCAUCGACGCUGUUGAGAUCGAGGUUGACCCCGUCAAGUUCGUCACCCUGGAGAUCUGCCGCCCGACGCGAAGACCUGGCCGGCCAGCUUCAUGGAGGACCCGACCUGGGGACCUUGGCCAGCAAGUUCGCACUAGACUACAACAUCACCAGGACAGGAUGGGCCUGGAAUUGCGUGGCCCGUCUGUUGCCAUGGAGCCCGCGAAGGCGGAGAUGCAGCAGAUGCUCGAUUUCUACAAAGGCGGCUCGGCGGCGGGCCAGAAGGAGCAGAAGAAGGCGGCCUGCCACGUGGACCCAGAGCUGCUCAAGAUCGCCAUGCGCCGGAUGCACGAGCGCCACAAGCGCGAGGCCGAGGAGUACGCUGCGUGGCAGGCCGCGUGCGCGCAGCUGCAGUACAACCAGUUCGUGGUCCAGCAGCAGGUGAUGGCGCAGCAGAUUGCGGCGCAGCAGAUGGCUGCGCAGCAGGCGAUGAUGUACCAGCAGCCUCAGUUCCAGCAGCCCGCCCCGAUGCCCGUGGCCGCCCCUGCACCGAGGCCUCCCCAGGGACCUCGUCCACCACCUGUUCAUUCCGACUGGGUGCAGUGCUACGAUGCACAAGGAGGGGCCAAGUUUAUUUUCACAACGAGCGCACGCAGGAGACCGCGUGGGAGCUCCCGCCUGGCGUCACGGCGCGGCAACAGGGCCCAGCGCAGGUGCCGCAGCAGCAGAUGUACCCGCAGCAGAUGUACCAGCAGCAAGCCUGGGGGCAGCAACAGCAGUACGGCUGGGGCCAACAAUAUGGUCAGCAGCAGUGGAGCGGAUACCCAAACCAGUGGGGCGGUGGCGGCUACUGACAGGUUGCGCAAUCUCGGCGUCGGAUCCCUGUGCGAGCCCAUGCAUUCACUCUCCCCAUCCUUUCCUCCUCACCCUCUCCCUUAUUUGUCUUCGCCUGUCUUCCUUACCCGCAGUUUUUCGGGCGUUGCGCAGACCGUAGAGAGCGCUUGUGUAGAUAUCAGGAUAUAUCCGCCCGGCGGAUGGAUGUGUUUGAUCGAUUUGUGUCACUACUGCAGUGAUGUAGGGCUUGUAGGACCUAUGCGCGUCGCACUCCUGUGGCUCUCUCCUGAACCUUCCGUCCCCCUGUCACCGUCCUCUCUCCGUUGCUUCGUUCCGCUCGCCUCCCUCCGCUGA